AUGAGGAAAGGGAAUCAACACAAGGACUGACAUCGCACAGCUACAAGAUCGGUGGAUUUGCGUCGUUUCCUAUGAUUAUUAUUAUUAACCCAAACUGGUGUAUGAUCCGUGUUUUUCUACAAGCUUGUCGUAUUGCGUUAUCACUACAGCUAAAGCAGUGCUGACGGCUCUUGAGCGUCACACCCAGGAGAGACUUGAGCUUAGUGUUGGAAGUAUACUCAGGGACCAUUGCUGAGCACAAAAAAAAACCUCCGUAGGGACAACUCUCAUCUGUGCACACCGCUUCACAUACGCUUCUUCUGCUUGGUAGAAGUGGACAACCAUGGUCAUGGACGCGAGCGUCUAGGUUAUAGAGAUGAACCAUCAGAACCAUGCCCCCUCCUCUACCCUUGCCUGCGCGCUGACUGUUUCAACCGCCGCCAUAACCAUGCUGCCUUCAUUAGCUUCGUCGGUUUUCGGCUCCAGACCAUUUCCGUUGAUGGUCGUCGUUUCCUGUGCACUCUUCCAUCUUGAGACGAUCCUUGUCGCAUGCGAAAUCACCGCCCGAAUUUCUUUGGUUUGGACAAGGUUUGUCCCAGUGGUCUCAAAUAGACUCAGUCCCUUGCUGAUCUCCGGAUACAACAAAGACACCACGCCAGCUGUUCAAACCGCUGGGGGAAUAUUGUCUAACAAUUCUUAGCUUCUCACUACCAUAUCAAGUAGGAUGACAUAAAGCCAUGUGGUAUGUUAAAUGCUUAUUCCC